GGACACCACGAGUGGCUCCCGGAUCAACUUGUAGGUCAGUGGUACUGUGAUUAUCAUCGAGAAAGGGUUAAUUUUCCCAUCGUAAUAGAGAUCAAACGAGUCGGUCCAAAAAUGAGUCGAAGGAGUCUUAGAGCAUUGGGAAUGACGGAGAGGAGGAGGUUUUCCAGGCCGAGGACGAAGGUCUAUGACGCCAACUACUCGCUUGGUGAAAACUACUACAAGUCAGCGAUCGACGGCCUCGACAGGAAAUAUGGAAAGCUGCCGACUGAGACCCUCGAGGCUCCGAGGAGACCCGUCUCCGUCGGAGACCUCGACACGUUAGUGUCCUCCCCAGUCCACGCCGGAAGGAGCGACCCUCUCCAAGACGCGAUGGACGAGGAGAUGGCGUCCACCCUGAAAAGGAUUCAGAAAGCUAGGAUGGCGGCCGUUCCUUCCGCCGAAGAGGGUUUCGAAAACGCAUUCUUCAACAGGCGAGAAGAGGUGAAGAAACGCUACGCGGAAAAAAUGCUGGAAAGCGUCGGCCUCAACGGGUCGCUUUUGGAACACACUGAAAUGACAAGGAGGAGGAAACCUGUGGAUUUCGACGUACCUGAUGGUCCGAAGGUUCGUGGAAUGCCACUUUCAAUGAUUAAAAAAAUUGCAGUUUCAGAGAAAUGGACGGCUAUGAGGGACGCGAGUCUCGACGCGUUCGACGAGACGGCUGCUAAAGCGAGGGCCCGGGCGUCAAAAGCUCGCCUCGCCGACCUCGACGCGGAAAUGGAACAACUUGAAGAAAGGGGAGCCGCACGGCAGAAACGUCUCGCCAACCUGAGACAACUCCUGGACGAAGCCAGCGUCGACUCGUCGUCAUCGUCUUCGGUCCGUCUUCGCAAAAAGCUCACAACAACGACGACGACCAUGGAAAAGAGGAUGCUGUAAAUUGCCAAUCGUCUCGCUUGUAAUCGAAGUAGUGGAGGAAGUCAUGCCCGCCAUCUAGUCAUUUAAAUUCGUUUAUCUUUAUUUUUUUAAUAGCCCGAAUAAAAAUAAAAAAACAGAUAUUAUUACAGCUCAAGUUAGUUUUGCCACAGAAGACCUCUUACUCAAAUUGCCUUUUUAAGAGACUUUUUAAGUCCAUAAAAACAUAAUUCCCUCCACUACCCAAUCUCACCAUCACACAAUGGCGGGACUUAUUUAUAUUCUUUGGGAAAGUUGUUUGUAUUGAUAUAAGAAUGAUACCAGUUGUAACAAAGACAAAACAAAAUGUUAUUGUUCACGUACCAUACUAAUAAAUAAAUUAACGUUAAAG